CUUUUUUAUAUAUAUAGACAGAAUGGGUCUUGAUAAUAGAGUGUUGAUAUUUAUGGUUAAACCAAUACUGUCAAUUGUUGACAUGGGUCUGCAGGAAUCUCCUUGUCUAUUUGAACAAUGAUGAAUUCAAAUAUGAUGUGUCAUGAUCAAUUACAAUCAAAACUAAGUAAUUUAUUUAAAGGAUCAUGAAGGGCCUACAGGAAAUUGUUGUGUUACUUUUUUUUUUCUUUAUGUUUUUAGUGCAAACGCUCAAGUGGGUCACAAUAGCCCUGGUGAGCUCCUAUGUGAUAAUAAGCGGAAAGAGACAAACUACCUUAGGCUCACUGUCUAAGAACUAUUCUGAUAUUUAUGCACCUGACUUUUAUCCUAACGGUACUGAUCUAGAGUUACCUUUGGGCACAAUGAGGUAUUGGUUGUUUGGUGACCAGAAGGGCAAGCCUGUUGUUCUUGUUCAUGGCAUUUCUACAGGCUCAGCUAUAUAUGACAAGUUAGCAAGAGAAUUGGCAAACAAUGGUCACCAUGUCUUGGUGUAUGAUUUAUGGGGUCGAGGUUUUUCAGAAGCACCACCCGUCAGAUACGAUGAAGCACUUUAUACUUCGCAACUGGCCAUGCUCUUACAAAAAGUUGGAUGGACCCAUACUGACCUUGUAGGCGUUAGUUUAGGAGGUGGUAUUGUUACUUCUUUUGCUGCUUUUUAUCCUGAGAUGGUGAACAAAUUAGUCUUGGUGGCUCCUACAGGUCUGAUGCAUGUACAAGAUAUGCCAUGGAUCUCCAAAGUGGUUCAGAUUCCUCAUGUCUAUCCCUUUAUCAUGAACCAGCCUUAUAUUCGGCCCUUGAUUGUAUCGCUUGUCAAAAGGUUUGCCAAAUCAACACGCUUGGUUCAGUCUAAUUUGGAUCAAGAAACAAGCGAAACGUUGAAUAGAAUUGCGGACAUUGCCACGUAUCAAUUUGUUCACCAUCCUGGGUUUCUGAGAGCUUUUCUUGGUACUGUGGUCGAUUUCUCUUUCACUGGAUUGAUAGAGAGAUACAGAAAAGUAGGACAACAACAACAACAACAACAACAACAACAACAACAACAACAACAACAAAAGCGCAUUUUAAUGAUUUGGGGUGACAAAGACUCGACAGUACCCUAUUACCAUGCUGAGGAAGCCAAAGAGCUUCUUCCCAAUGCCGAGUUGAUUACAUAUAAAGGACAAGGUCAUGAUGUUAUUCUUAGCCGCUGGCGAUCUGUGAAUAAGGAUAUUGAGCAAUUUCUUGUAGAAUAAAAAUAUUAAAUUGCCUAAAAAACGGAUUUCUUUGUCUUUCUAGACAUUAUUCCUUCAUAAAUCCUUGACCUAAGUACUAUUUUUAUUCGUGAUUGUAAUCAAUUCUAACUUGUCUAGGCUUAUAAAAGAUAUACUAAAUCAUUGCCUUCAACUUGCCUUUCAUUGACAUCAAACCUUUCUAGAGCCCAUAGUUAAACAUGCAACAUUUGUUUUCAUGAAAUAGAUUACUAAAGAGCAAUAUGGUGUAACACACCUGUACGGUCUGUUAAAUCAUCAUCACCUUUUUUUUUUUUUUUUUUUU